AUUCUAUUAUCGAUGAAACGACGAGGAUGUAACUGGCACCACUGUCUUGAGUUUACUUGACAAUUUAAAAAGGUGUUUUGAAAAAUGUGAGAGAUCAGAGAGGGCCUCAGACAUGCACAGACUCAUCCCGUUAUUGCAGACUGUACUGGACAAUGGACGAAAAGCCUGCCAGCUGUUUUGUGGCAAUUUGGAAACAUUUCGCUUAUUCUACAGAGACUACACAGCUCAACCGGAAUUACUAGAGGACAGUCCUUCACAAGUACAAACUCUGACCAGUACCACCUUAAUCAUCAACAUCAGCAACUCCACCUUGAGCGACUGUGUCAUCGGUAAUGUCAGUUUUCCAGCUGCUGUGGUGGACAAAGAGCCACUGAUGAUGGGAUCUGAGCUCCACAUGCAUGCGUCAAUGACUUGCAACUGCAGCUGUAAACACCAGAUGGCAGCCAACACCAGCGUCCCUUUGCUGUCAGAGGAACUUCAUAGAGUCUGCAUACAGGACUCUCAUUUGAACUGCGUCAUCAUAGGAGACAACAACUCCAUGCGGGUUGAAUAGACACUGAACGCAGCUUGGAAGCGGCACACAGCUACACGUGUUGGGCUCCGGGCCAAGCUGAACAGGAUUUAUGCUGCUAAACCCCAACCAGAUCCCAGCGACGUUAUGAUCUUUGCUCCUUGACUUGAAAUGGAGCAAGGCUCACCUUUGUUCAAUGUCAUAAACGUGACAAUGGUUAAUGGCAGUUGCUGUGUGGGUGACGACACAUUGGUAAACUCCAUUUCCCGGAACUUUAUUGUUAUUUGGAAUUACCUUGAAAGUUUCAGCAAUCAAGAGUGCCCUGUUUUGUAAUUCAGUGAAAUGCAGACAAGUGUAAAUUGGGUUCCAA